CGCGGUGGUGAUGUGGCAGUCGAAGAUAAAUGGUUGGGUCACAACAAAAUAGUCGCUUUGGAGGAACUACCUGGCUAUGAUCUUACCGGAGAGAUCGAGACUACAUUCAGACCGCUGCUCCAUUCGUACUCAGGAUGCAUCCCGUACCCUGCAGUCGACGCCAAUGGUAAUGCUGGGUACUUAUAUUUCAGUGCUGGCUUAAGACCAACCGGCAAUGCGGGCGGCGACUGUCGUGACUUUGGGCAGAGCGGUCAAGUUUACGCCAGAGUUGGAAAGUCUCACGGGAGAUGGGGUGUGAUCUACAGCUGGUACUUGCCCAAGGUUAUGGGUAAAGAGCAGCAGCAUAAACACCACUGGAUCACUGCCGUCGUAUGGCUUCGCAUCGACGGAUGCCCCGAUCUGAUCUACAACUUCAAGUCUCUUGGUGUUGCAUACUCUAAGAACCCCCAGAACAGCUUCGAUGUCACACGCAAAGACAGCGAUACUAUCUUUGUCAAAUUGAACGAUGGUGGUUCAGCAACCAACCCUAUCGUAGCAUAUGACAGCGGAGUGCCUCUGUUGCCCUCUCGAGAGGGCGCGGCGGGCGCUUUGAAUAACCCACUUAUCGACUGGCAUCGUCUGCCUCAGCUUGCACAGCAACAGCUAAACGGAAUUCAAUACGAGCACACGCAGGUCCCCUUCAACGAUGCAAAUUUCCAGGGCACGCUUGAUGCCGCGUACAGCGACGCUCUAUACACCAACGUGCCCCUAGAGAGUGGCGAAUGUGAGACCGACCCAACGGAGGCUGAUAUCGAUCCGGACUUUGGGCUACCUGAACCC